AUGGCUAAAUGCACCAAAAAGAUUGGAAUUACCAGUAAACACAGGACUAGUCAUGGCGCCUCCCUCAGGAAAAUUGAAAUCAGCCAGCAUGCAAAGUACACUUGCUUCUUGUGUAGCAAAACCAAGGUGAAGACAGGAGUUGUGGGGAUCAGGCACUGUGGUUUCUGCAUGAAAACUGGCUGGUGGUGCUGGACCCACAACACCACUUCUGCCAUCACAGUAAAGUCUGCCAUCAGCAGGCUGAAGGACCAAGAGAAGCUCCACAAUUUGAAACAUUGCUAA